CCUUCUGCUGCAUAGUUUCGGCAUAUUCCUGACGGUGACUGACUGUAAACCGCAACCGAGCGAAAGAAAUUGCAAAUAUCCUCAAAAGAUGGGGUGGAAAGUAUUUCGGAUUGGGUGCCUAUUAUCUCUUCUCGUUGUUCUUGUUGCCAUUUGGCUACGUCCCGGCACAGAGCGCGAAAUAGAUGCAGAAGUUCGAGCUAUCCUCAGAGGGCUGAUAGACGUGGAGACUCCUGACAGAGUUCGAAAACCUAAAGUAGCGGUGGGUUAUGGUGCCUGUAUGGAUGUAUUUACUAACGCAAAGGAUGUUCUGCAAUUUAAAGAGUCCGAUCUUGAUCCUGGCGUAAUUACUAACGAUGUCGAGCUGAUGCAGGCAUAUACAUACUUCUUCCGUCAUGGAGCAGCUGCAGAACGAUUUGUACACAACAGUUCUCUAUUCGACAUGCUUGUCGAGCAAGCUGAACAGGUUCCCGGUGCAAGAUGGGAAAUGGGAGGUACUGCAGCUGUAAUGGCUAACCGCUUCUCUCUUGAAGGAUGUGAUGUAUUACUUGGGGCCAAGAUGACUCCCAGAUUGCUAAAAGCAUUUUCACCCAAUGUUAAAGUUGUUGGUGGUGAUGUAAGUAAGGAUGAUGUGCAUCUCAUACUUGAAUACAAAGCUGGCGAAACUUGGGGAUCUUUCCAAGCCCCAAGAGCUAAUAGGUUUAUUUUGCAUAAUGAUGACACGAAUCCCACAUUGAGCUCCCUAGAAGAUUUUCAAGCAGCCCUAGAGGCAUUUGAACCAGAUCUGCUUGUAGUUGGUGGUCUGCAAAUGAUGGAUAACUUUCCAUUCCAAAAAGGAGUACGUGAAGCCAGACUAAAACUUGUUGAGGAGCAAAUGAGAAAGCAAUCUACAAGGACAAGAGUACAUUUUGAACUAGCUUCUUUUGCUGAACCAAAGCUAAUGAUUUAUUUAGUAGAUAGAAUUCUACCUCAUGCAGAUUCUCUCGGUAUGAAUGAACAAGAGCUAGAAAAUUUGAAAAGCAUAAUUUUACAUCAAAGAGUCAGUGUUGUAACUGAUUCUAAUCCUAGAGUUGCAACUGUUCUUGACGACAUGAGAGAGGUGUUCAAGCAAUUACGUCACAAGGGUAAACAAAUUUCUGGAAGUCGUAGUUUAACACGUAUCCAUGUGCAUACCUUAGCCUAUCAAGCAAUAUUAACAGUUCAUGGAUCUCCAUGGAAGAAUUCAAUUGGAGCAGCAGCUAAAGCUUCUCUUACUGCUCAUAGACAUGUUUGUGGUUCUGCAUCUGUGGAUGUUGAAAAGGCUCUUCUCAUGAUGGAUGAAAGUUUUUCAACCUCAACGGCUGAAGGAAGCAAGAGAAUGCCACUUAAUGUGACUAGCCCAAUCACCUGCUGGGAUGAGGAGUGUGAUGGCACUACUAUAAAUCUGUGUGUUGCCCCUGUACUUGUUUGUACGCAUGCCAAACAAACAUGUGGAGGGGGUGAUAAUAUUUCAUCUGCUGGAAUUUCUAUGCAGAUUUAAAUGUGUGUAAAUUUCUGACUGCUGAUUAUGAGGUCUGAGUAGUUGACAUAUUGCUCAUUCUAGAUUUGUCAUUUACAAUAACCUAUGGCCUCUAUGUCUUUUGGCAAAAUUAUGUACUUUAUGAGCAUGGCACAUACGUGUGUUGCUGUUCUAGAUGUCAUACGGUAUGUCAAAUUUGAUCCAAUGCUUAUGCUAUAUUUUUUGGGUUUUUUCAAAGUUCACGGCUUGUGAGUUGUGCAAGGCAUUUGUUACUAGCAAGCACUGAUUUUAUUUUAUAACAAGACUACCUGAUUUUAAUUAUUGGUUUUCCAGGGACCUUUUUAUUUUUUAACAAAAGUUACCAAGUGUGAAGAACAUUGUUUUGUUUUCUUAAAGUAGCUGUCAAAUGUUUUGAACGACGUGUGCUCUCAAAAAUGCUUCUAGACUGUGUAGGGAUAUAGUGAUCCAGUGGAAUCUCAAUAUAAUGUUAUCUGGCUAGAAAGCUUAGUUUUUAGUUACUAGCAAGCACUGAUUUUAUUGUUAUUUGAUUGUAAUUAUUGGUUUACCAGUCACAAUUUUAUUUUGUAUGCAAUUCCUCAGUGAUCAGUCACUUUAAAAAUCUGACUGAUGAAAUGCUGUGAUAUCUAAUGUAUCUCACUGCCUGGGGUAAAAUCGAUAGUCUACUGUUCCAUUAUGUCAAUUUUUAUUAUGUUUAUGUUAUUUUUAACAUAAUUUGUGCUUUUUACACACAAGCAGGUGAUUUACUUUAAUACUGCAUUUCAAUCCAUUGUAUCACAUUGAGUCCCACAUGAACACAUGUAUGGUUAUAAUAAGCCACCCAAUCCUAUCCUGGGACUCAACGAGUUAUUAUUGGACCAUUUUAAAUUUGACAUUGUAGUGAAAUAUUUUUCAAUUACUUGUGUAAACUUUUACAUUCCUACUUUUUGUCUGUGAAUAAUUGAAGUUUAGAGUUGAAUGACAGUUGAGUUUAGCACAUUGAAAUGAUUGUGUAUUGUGUUCACAUAAGAACUGACUUUUCUUUUCUUAAGCUGGCCAUAUUAUAUGUUAAGCACUUGAGAGGCUUAAUUAGGGUGAUGGUAAAUAAACAUAAUUUGCUAUUGGCUGAAAAGGGAAAAAUCUUAAAUUACCUUAAUCCUAAUACGGCUAUAAUAAUAAUAAAGAUGUUUGCAGCUGUAUUAUGUUAACAGAGAAUAUAUUUGAUGUAAAUAAACAAAUUAGUUUAUUUAGAAACCGUA